AUGGAUACAAUUGAUGAGAGUGACUUUGAGGAACAUGAAGAAUACACAGCUAUAUAUAGAAAAUCGAGAAGAAAACACAGACGGAGAAAACAUCCUGCACCAACCACGUCAUCUGAGGGAACACUACAAACAAAAACAUUAAGUCCGUUUAUAGUGGGAGCAAAACCAAAGACGGAAAAGAGUCUUGAUACAUUCCGUCGUGUGGUUGAGUUUAUCACGUUUGCACAGAAAAUGUUCAAUUGCGACCGGACACCAAAGCUUUCACAACAGGAAACUAUACUAUUUUUCUUGGAUACACAGACACUCGAGAAACAUGAUAAAGACUCGCCAAAGUUACUAUUCGAUAUGACUCCCUUCAAGUCUAUAGGACAGGUAAACUUUGUGAAUUCUGUAAAAGGCGUUCUCCAAAAAGUUCCAAUAAAACGAUCAGAGAAAGACAUAUCAACGUUACUACAUGUUUUACGGAAUUUUGGCAAAUUUUCGAGUUACCCACAACAUAUACAACAAGGAAUUUGUCGAAAGGGAUGGUAUUCCAAAUUUGAAAGUAACCAUGUGAUAGCCAGAGAAGGCAACAAAGCUGAAUUUUACUAUCUGAUACUAUCAGGCGUCGCUGUGUCCCGUUGUCUUGGCACUACUAUAGACCCAGAAGAGAGAAGAAAACAACUAGCUGAAUUUCACAGACAAGGAGAUAUCAUCGGUGAGAAAGAAAUUUUAACCAACUCAGGAAGAAGUGCUACAUAUGUAUCUAAAGAGCCAUUAGAAGUACUAGGUCUAGACCGAGAUAUAUUUUUGGACAUAUUUAAGUCAGCAGGAGGAGCAGAAUGUAUCAGUUUUCUUAGAACCAUACCAGAUUUACAAGACUUUCCAUUAGAACUGCUACAGACGCAUCAUUUCUCCUGCUCUACACAUUUCUACAAGAGAGGAGCAGUAAUUGUGAAGAACAGUAAUGAUGCAGAAUGGGUGUAUGUCAUUAGAUCUGGGUCAUGUCAAGCAUUCAAGGCAGUACGAACCAAUGAGAACCAAGAUAUCAAAAAGACCACAGAGAAAAGAAAACAUUCAACAACCCUACCAUCUUUACGAUCGAACAGCAUAGAUUCCCUCAAAAGCAGAUCAUCAGAAGAAAACAAGUCAUCAAACAGGGCCAAAACUUUGAAUAAGAAACCCUCAAAAACACAACUGCCAACAAUUAAUAAAGCCAAGAAUUCACUUGUAUCACAAAGUUAUGAAGACAACUUCAAUACAAUUAAAGAGGCACCAAAGAAAUCAGUAAAGAAAACAAAGAAAGACACACAAACAUCAAUAGAUAAUCCAGUUCACUAUGCCAAAAUAGAUCUAGUGACAGAAAGGGAAUGCUUUGGUCUGCAGUCUCUUCUUUUUGAUGAUAUGCCAAGUUUAAGUCUAGUCAGUAAUGGUGCAGAAUGUGUCCUCAUUUCGAAACAAUUCCUUAAGGAAAACAUGGAUACAGAAACUAAGAGAAGAUUACAAUCAAAGAUAGCACCAUAUCCAAAUUUAGUACAGAUAAGGAAUGCUUUAGAUGACAAACUUGCCUGGAAGUCAUACAGAGAUCAAGUUUUAUUUGACACAAUAAGAUAACAGCACUGAACUGACCUAGUUAAAUGACACAAGUUUGUGGUUCUAUUAAGAUAUGAUUUUGUGGUUGUAUGUACAUUAAUUUGUUAAUUUUAUCAAUGUUUUUGUUUUGAAUGAUUAAUAUACAUAUUAAAGAAUUUUUUAUACAG